UUCUACAUGCAGGAUUAUAUAUCAAAAGCCCACAUCUGCAACAGCUUCGGAAGAGCAGUAGGCGUAGGCUAGAACAUAGAGGGUAGUCUAUUGCCCCUCAAGCCGACAAAAGGAGUUAAAUAAAGGAGUUUAGACUCAGAAAUCAACAACGCGAUGGAACAAACAGGCUAUUUUGAACAAGAGCGCUGGAAGCCUUCCAACAAGCACAGCCCUUUCCCAGUUCCGAAGAGAAAGAGGCGCAACAAUGCUAAGAGGUUCAGUGAUGAACAAGUGAAGUCACUUGAGUCCAUGUUUAAUCGGGAGGCAAAGCUUGAACCAAGGAACAAGCUGCAGCUGGCAAAAGAUCUAGGCCUGCAGCCGCGCCAGGUAUCAAUCUGGUUUCAGAACAAAAGGGCGAGAUGGAAAUCAAAGAAACUAGAGCAAGAAUAUAGAGUACUAAAAGCGAAUUUCGAUGCUCUAUGCCACCAAUUUGAAGCCUUGAAGAAAGAAAAUGAGUCUCUGCUUGAGCAGUUGCACACACUAAAUGGUGUGCUGGAAAACUCCAAUAAGAGGCAGAGCAGUAGCAAGGAUUCAAAUGAAAAUGCAGAGCAUACAGCUCCGCCAAAAAGAGACGAGCAUCCUGAGCGCAGAGAAGAUGAUGAGAGGACAACAAAGGUGAAUGUUGAUGGGGUAGGCGUAAAUGAACACUUUGGAAAGGAAGACCAAGCAAAUUUUGAUAUCUUGACUGAACAAGGAGAGAGUACAUCUGCAUCACGAAAGCCAUGGUGCAAUCUUGUCUCAGAUGGGCUCUUGGAUGAAUCAUGUUGCCCUUCAAGUUGGUGGGAUUUCUCAGAUGGCCUUUGCUAAUAAUGAAAGAAGACAGAAUGGAGAUACCAGAAAAUCCGGUGCAUAUGCCUCCAGAACUUUAAAAGCCUAAGGUAUCUGGCACUUGCCAUGGAAAAGAAUUUUCGGGGCUUAGCCUGAUCAGUAUCUCGCUAUCCAUCCUCAAAGUUGGUUUGGUAGAAUUCCAUGAGAAAGAGACAGCCGGAAGGAGAAAAAGUGUACUGGAAUGGCUUGGAGACAAUUCGGUUUAUCGAGAUCAGUAUGAGCCCGGAUACCCAAACCCAUUUCUACCAUCUUCUCCCCUCCUCGAGGUUUUCUUGAAUCUUUAAAACAAUGUGAAUGAAUGAUCGACGCUCAACAGUACAUGUGUAGAACAAGCCAGCAGUACAUAUGCAGAAUAAGGGAAACCCAAAUUGAAUCUCCCUUUCCUUUUUUGUUUUGUUUUUCUUCCCCUCUGUAAUUUUGACAUGAUUUAUCAGAGAACUACUACUAGGCAUUUAGUAA